CCCCAGACACCCCAGAAAACCGCAACAACAAAGCUCCCAGCAUACUACUCGCUCGCACCCACCGUUCCCUCCCCCUUCACAGGGAGCCUAGAAACAAGUCUCGAUGCAAUUCUCGCCUUCGGCCAACUCUACGCUGCAAUCCCCGGCGUCACACCCCUCAUCACCAAGCUCCUGGAGCCCGUGUCCACCGACACAGACUGGGUCGCUAUCAUGACUGCGUUGGAAACAGCGACACCGCUGCACGCCCAGUACCUCAUGACAGAGCUCCUCUUCCUCCUCACGCGCACACUUCUCCCAGAGCAAAUCGCAGAGAACAGGGCAAUGCUAAGUCGUCUUUACGAGCGCAAGAAACAGCUCGCGAUACGCUUGCUACUCCGGUACGACAUGCUGCGGGAAUGGAUCAUGGAACCGAGCCAGUCUUCGUAUCGGGAGCAGCCGAUUGUCGUUGCGUCGACGGGGCCGGUCGCGGGGUUCGUGGCUCCAGAGCCUGUUGUCGGUGUUGCGUCGCUAAAUUAUCCGUAUCGGCGGCCGCUGCUGUUGAAUGUGAUUCCUACCUUAAUUGCGGCGCCGGCGGGGGGUUAUGCGUCGCAGAGUGCAAGGGAUCGGAUGAGGCAUCAUGUUACGGUGUUGGAUGGGUAUCUUAUGCUUAGGGAUGAGGAGGUGGAGAAGUGGAGUGAGGGAAGGUUGAAGAGUAAAGUGUGUUUUGUGUUGAUGCAUUGGCAGUGGUUGAGGGGGAAUAAUGCUACGUUGGAUGAUUUGGAGGUGUUAGAUUGGGAGGGGUUGGAGGGCAAGGCGGAAGAGUGCGGGUGGAUUGGGGAUGAUACUACUAGGGUU